AUGGGCGCUGAGGAGGAGGUGCAGGUCACGUUAGCAGGGGGAGCACCCUGGGGCUUCCGACUUCAGGGGGGGGCCGAACAGAGGAAACCCUUACAGGUGUCUAAGAUCCGAAGACGGAGCCAGGCUGGCAGAGCAGGACUCCGAGAGAGGGACCAGCUCUUGGCGAUCAACGGGGUUUCUUGCACCAGUUUCUCCCAUGCCAGUGCCAUGACCCUCAUUGAUGCCUCAGGGCAUCAGCUUGUCCUUACUGUGAGGAGGGUAGCAGAUGAAGGGUCUGUGAGAUCUCCAUCGCCAGGGGAGCUUCAAGUGCUGUCACCCUUAUCUCCAUUGAGUCCUGAGCCCCCAGGUGCUCCUGUUCCUGGUGCUCCUUUUCAGCCUGGGAGCCUUCGUUCCCCCCCUGACAGUGAAGCGUACUAUGGAGAGACAGACAGUGAUGUUGAUGGCCCUGCUACACAAGAGAAGCCCCGCCGAACUCGCCGCCGAGGUCCUGCAAGGCCCUUUCUGCCAGGGGCCCCACCUGAUGAGGUGUACUUGUCUGACAGCCCUGCAGAACCAACACCUGUUAAAACUGGCUCUCCCAAGCAGGGUGACAGCCGUGUGAGCUCCCCAUCUUGGGAGGAAGGGGCAGCUCUCCAGCCGCCACCAGCAGAGGCACUUCUGUUACCACAUGGUCCUCUCCGGCCUGGUCCUCAUCUCAUCCCUAUGGUGGGCCCUGUCCCCCACCCAGUGGCAGAAGACCUUACUACUACUUAUACCCAGAAGGCCAAGCAAGCCAAACUGCAACGUGCAGAAAGCCUACAAGAAAAGAGCGUGAAGGAGGCCAAGACCAAGUGCCGGACCAUCGCAUCCCUGCUAACAGCAGCCCCCAAUCCUCACUCCAAGGGCGUGCUUAUGUUUAAGAAACGGCGGCAGAGAGCCAAGAAGUACACGCUAGUGAGUUUCGGGGCUGCAGUGGGGACAGGAACAGAGGAGGAGGACGGCAUCCCCCCAACGAGUGAGUCAGAGCUGGACGAAGAGGCCUUCUCGGACGCUCGCAGCCUUACCAAUCAGUCUGACUGGGACAGCCCUUAUCUGGACAUGGAGUUGGCCAGGGCUGGCACAGGCACAGCAGAGAGUCACAGUUCUGGGCUGGGAGGGCAGCUGAGUGAGGUCUCUGGGAGAGGGGUCCAGCUCUUUGAACAGCAGCGCCAGCGGGCAGCCUCCAGCAGCCAGGAGCUGCCUCAGGAGGGCCCAGCAGCCAUGCUAAAUGGGCAGAGUCUGCAGUCACCACCUCGAGCUCAGAGUGCUCCCCCAGAAGCAGCUGUGCUCCCACUUAGUCCUUUGCCGGCCCCCGAGGCCAGCCCUAGCCCCUUCCCGGAUGGUGGAGCCCCUAGCCCAGCGCCAAAUAUCUUUAACAGGUCAGCGAGGCCUUUCACCCCUGGUUUACAAGGGCAAAGGUCAGGUACCACCGCAGUGAUUUUCCGGCCCUUAGCCCCUAAGAAGGUGAAUGAAGGCCUGGGAGGCAUCAGCUCCGCUCCGUCCCCCUUCGCAGCCCUUCUGCAGGAGCCCACCUCUCUGCCCAGCUUCACCACAGUUGUGCCCAGCCACACGGCCGUCUCCGGGACUUCCAGCACCCCACGUUCCUCCGGUCCUGUGACCGCUACCAGUUCUCUCUACAUCCCAGCUCCGAGCCGGCCCGUCACACCAGGAGGCGCCCCAGAGCCUCCCACUCCUCCUAGCGCGGCUGCCAUGACAUCCACCGCUUCCCUCUUCCUGUCGGCGCCUCUCAGAAGCUCUGCGCGCCCGGAGGGGCCGGACCCCGCGGACCCGGAAUCUGCUGGCGCUCGGGAACAGCGCAUCUCCGUGCCUGCUGCCCGCACCGGCAUCCUGCAGGAGGCUCGGCGCCGGGGCACCCGGAAGCAGAUGUUCCGGCCUGGAAAGGAAGAGACGAAGAACUCGCCCAACCCGGAGCUGCUUUCGCUGGUACAGACUCUGGAUGAAAAACCUCGGGCCGGCGGUGCGGAAUCUGGUCCGGAGGAGGACGCUUUAAGCCUCGGAGCUGAAGCCUGUAACUUCAUGCAGCCACCAGGGGGCAGAAGUUACAAGACCUUAUCUCAAGUGGCACCGAAAGCCCCGCCUCCACUGGCUUCCAAAACCCCACCCCCUACAACGCCUAAGACUCCACCUCGUGUAGCUCCUAAGCCAGCUUCUCGAGGGCUUCUUGAUGGGCUAGUGAAUGGGUCGACCCCAAAGGCUGGAAUGCCUGAGCUCCAAAGGCUCCAGGGGAGGGGUGGGGAGCUAUUUGCCAAGCGGCAGAGUCGUGCCGACAGGUUCGUGGUGGAAGCUAUACCCGGUUCUAGCUUUAAUCCUGGCCUGAGCCCCAGAAGCCCUUCCCCCACGCCCUCACUGCCCCCGUCGUGGAAAUACUCCCCCAACAUCCGUGCCCCACCUCCUGUUGCUUACAACCCACUCCUCUCGCCCUUUUUCCCCCACGCUGCCCGAACUCUUCCCUAUAAGGCCCAAUCCCAGGGGCCUCGGGCGACCCCCAAGCAGGGUAUCAAGGCCUUGGAUUUUAUGCGUCAUCAGCCGUACCAACUUAAAACUGCCAUGUUUUGUUUUGACGAGGUUCCUUCAUCUCCUGACCCCACUUCAGUGCCUCUCAAAACUGCUCGAGUCCAGGAGAUCCGCAGAUUUUCCACUCCGGCACCCCAGCCCACUGCAGAACCCCUAGCUCCCACUGUGCUUGCCCCCAGAGCGGCUACCACACUGGACGAACCCAUUUGGAGAGCAGAGCUGACCUCACCCCCUGUCCCUAACCCAGACUAUCCUCAAGAGUCUCCCAGGAGCUUUGCUGCCACUCCCAGCUCCUGUGGUUUCCAAGUAGCCAGGCCCAGGUUCUCAGCCACCAGAACAGGGUUACAGGCUCAUGUCUGGAGGCCUGGGGCAGGGCACCAGUGAGCAGGGAAUAGGUCCCAGGACCAAGUAAAGGAACGUAGAAUCCCAGAAGUUUCUUCUGCUUUGUCCUACUGGCUUCCCCCCAACCCCACAUCUGAGG